AUGGCGGAUAAGGAAAAGAAGAUCAAGAAGAAGAAGGCGAAAGAAGACGCGCCCGCUGAGGAGGCCCCAGCUGCGCCCGCGCCCGCCGCCGGAGGUGAACGCCAAUCAUCCCGCGGCAGCCGCAAGGCUAAGCGCACUGGCUCCAAUGUCUUCUCCAUGUUCUCCCAGAAGCAGGUCGCCGAAUUCAAAGAGGCCUUCCAGCUAAUGGACCACGACAAGGACGGUAUCAUCGGCAAGAACGACCUCCGCGCCACCUUCGACUCCCUCGGCAGGCUCGCCACCGAGAAGGAGCUCGACGACAUGGUCGGUGAGGCUUCCGGCCCCAUCAACUUCACCCAGCUCCUUACCCUGUUCGCCGGCCGCAUGUCUGGUGGCUCUGAUGAUGAUGACGUCGUCAUCAACGCCUUCAAGACCUUCGACAACGAGGGCAAGAUCGACUCCGAAAGGUUGAGGCACGCUCUCAUGACCUGGGGUGACAAGUUCUCCGCCGACGAAGUCGACGAAGCGUACGACCAGAUGGAUAUUGACGAGAAAGGCUUCAUCGACACCAACAAGCUGAUCACCAUGUUGACCGCCAGCGCCGAGGAGGAGGAGGGCGGAGAGGCCGCG